UUUGACUGGACAUAGUUAAGUUUUAUUUCUUGACAAAACAACAAGUAAAAUGAAGUUUCUAGUAGUUUUGGCAUUAUUUGCAGUUUUAGCUGUGGCUGCAGCAAGAAGCCCUCCAAGACCAUAUCCAAUUGAGGAUAAGCGAAUUGGAGAGAGUAAGUCCGAAGAAAGUUCUGAUGAAAGCUCUGAAGAAGAUAUUGCAAGAAUCGACGAACAGAGACCAAAUCCUCCAGAAGGACCCCAUCCUACCGGUCAAAGAAAGCCACAUCAUGGUCCUUCACAACAACCAGGACAGGAACCAGAAGAAGGACGUCGUCCUCCACAUGAACACCGACCAAGCCAUGGACAUCAAAAGCCAGGACAGGGUCAACAACCUGGAGAGGGUGAACAACCAGGAGAGGGACAACAACCGGGUGAAGGACAGGAACAAGGACAGGACCAACAACCUGCUGAGGGACAGGAACAAGGACAGGACCAACAACCUGCUGAGGGACAGGAACAAGGACAGGAUCAACAACCUGGUGAGGGACAGGACACACAACCAGGUGAGGGACAGGAACAAGGACAGGACCAACAACCUGCUGAGGGACAGGAACAAGGACAAGACCAACAACCUGGACAGGACCAACAACCUGCUGAGGGACAGGAACAAGGACAGGAUCAACAACCUGGACAGGAUCAACAACCUGCUGAGGGACAGGAACAAGGUCAAGAACAACAAUCUGCUGACGGACAAGAAGCAGUACAAGGAGAGGCACAAUAAACAAACAAAGUCAUUCUUAGAAUACUUUUUUUGAUUUCCAAUUCAUAUAAUGAAUGAUUUAUUAAAUUGUCCAUAAAAAAAGAUUCCAAUAUCCUUUCUUUGCAAAUUAUAAUAAAAUAAUUAUAUUGAUUUAGCUUUAAA